GUAAGCCAUAUCCAUGCUAACACCAUUGAGAAUAACAAAGGUGGCAUAUUACAUGUAGAAGGCGUUUCUGAGCCCUAGAUGAACGUUAUUGUUAGCAAUAACUAUUUUUCUCUAAACCUGGCGCAAAAAUGGGAUGGUUCAGCAAAUAAUGUCUGUGUCAUAACAAAGUUUACGGCAAUCGUUCAAGGAAAUUUCUUUUACAACAACGUCGGCCAUUACGUCUUCCUGUAUGAUAAUUCCCAAACAAGUAUUGUUGGUCUUCGAUUUGUAAAUAAUACCUUGUACAAGAAUGGUGCACAGGGGCUUAAUGUCAACUAUGGAGCAACUAUUCUUUGCAAUGGAGCAGCGGAAAUUCUGGGAAACGUUUUGCAGAAUCCUAACAACCGUUAUCAGAUCAGUACCACUAUGAGAGGGAGUCCAAUCACAGUUAACGCCACGUCAAAUUGGUGGGGAGAAAGUGUACCAAAUCUCAUUUAUUCUGUGAUCCUGGAUAAAACUACGGAUUAUAGAUUGUCCAUGACAAUUGUAUUCCAGCCGUUCGUCAAGCUACCACCCCAAACAGCUAUAUCAGUGUCUUGCCCGCCUGAAUGGAUUAAGGACGAUGAGAUGUGUUUCAUGUACAAAGGAGGCUCAUUCACUUUCUCCGAUGCCAAGAAAUAUUGUGAGAGUUACGGUGGAAAUCUCAAUACCAUGAUUUCAAACGAAGACAAACGACUCAUAAAGCACCUAAGACAGAGAGAAUCUUUGGUUCGUUCAGCUGUGUUACCUUCCCUUUGGACCAUAAGCAGGCGCUCUCUGAAAGAGUCCCACGGUGGAUAUGUUCAGAACAGUAAAGUAUGUCCUGUUGUGGCGGCCUCCGGAAAUAUUUCACAAGUUCAUUGUGCUGACCUUCAUCCUUUUGUCUGCGUGAGGAGGCCAGUUAUCCACUGUCCAAACAGCUGUUUCCAUAAUGGGGACUGUAUAGGUGCCACUUGUUUCUGUCAUCCCGGAUGGACUGGAGAAGACUGCUCCAAGUUUCAUUGCCAUGACUUGCAUAACUGUUCUGGUAACGGUCAAUGCAUGGGUCCUAAUGUUUGUAAAUGCUACCCUGGAUAUUUGGGUAUCGGCUGUACUUUCUCUUUUUGUGGAAAGUACGAAAGUUGUGCUGAUUGCGUGACAGACCCGUUUUGUGGAUGGUGUGACAGUUCACGCUCCUGCCGAGGAGGUUUUCCCGCGGGGCCUCUGGGAAGAAGUUGUCUUGCUUGGUUUUACUACCAUUGUUAUACAGUUGGAGACGAACAUUGUUCACGUGAUAUAAUGAGGGUGAAUUGUAGAGGUAAGUAUUGCAAUUUCAAAGAUGGAAGAGCCACUAUUGAAUCCUGUCAAAAAUGCCGCGACCUCGAAAGAUGUCACAAACUCACAGAAGAAAGUCAGUGCACAUCGUGGAAUGAGACUCAGUGUCCAGGCGGGAAAAUUGUAGUAAAUUAUACGGAUCCCCUACGAAGAGAUAACGUGGAAUUUGCUAAAAAUGUGAAGUUUGUGGAGCCUAACGAAACUCUCGUUUACGCAUGUCCAGUAAUUUUGCCAAAACAAGACAGAGUGUCGCUUGUUUUAGUUGCCCCAAGAGCCCUGAAAGUUCAAAAGGGUGAUAUACUGUGUAGUCCUCAAGCAGGAGGCAUCAUGCAUAAGAUAGUGAAAGAAAUCAAGGACGGUCCUUUUCAAUUGAUGUUGAGCACCCCAGCAGGGUUUGAAGAGAUUAUCAAGUAUGCGGACUUUAAAGAAGAGGUGACUGCAAUACAAGUAGACGACGGCUCGACGUUCGAGGAUGAGCCUGAUCAAGAUGACCUUUGGGAUGUUAUUUCUGGGAACAUUACGUUUGAUGAGGGUCGGGUCAUUGUGCUUUCAAAUGAAAUAUACAAGUGCCUCGGUCACACGUAUGACACUGGAAAAAUCACUGUCCACUCGUAUUUCCUGGUAAUAGAGAAAAACAAUACCACCCUAAAGACAGGUGACGUAGUUGUGUCCAAUGCUAGUGAUGGUUUCAUUGAGACUGUGGUUGCAGUUCAUAGAACGAACAACACCGAAUACUUGGAAACGAAAUUCCAGAGAUGCGAAGCAAGUUCUCAUUGGCAAGGCACGAGACUGCAAGAAAGUAAAAAAAGGCUUUCUGGAUCAGUACCUUGUAGCGGAGGGGAUAACAACGAAGGCCUUGUCUUUUCAAAACAAGAAGAUGGAGGUCGGCAGUUUUCUGUCAAUGACUCAAUUAUUGGAAGACCAAGUGGAGGCUUUAUUGCAAAGGUUAUAGACGUCUACUCCAGCCAAAGUUUUCUUUUAGUGGAAGUAAUCUCUGCCAAACUGGACGGAAAUGGAACAAUUAUUACAGCUGUAGAUAUACAUGCACUAAAAAGCCACAACAGACGUAGUAGGCGCUCAACGAGAUACGAUUCUAAAUUGGCGAGUUUCAAACCCGACGGAAUACAUCACAAGUUGCUGUCUACGGAAAACGCCAAGAUACAAGUCUCUUUGGAAAUGUUACUCAAAGUGACUAUGUUUCUUGAGAUAGAAAAAAGGUCGUACGGAUUUGGAAUAGAGGAUGCUACCGUUGGUCUCGAGUUAAAAGGAAGCCUAGAUCUCUCACUGGAAUUUAGGGUUGAGAAGGAGUUGAAGUAUAACAAAGGCCUAAACGUCAUGAGAGAAAAACAGCUCGGUCGUUCGAUUUAUAUUCGCGUUGGGCCAAUUAAGAUCCCUGCCGGAAUUUUCUUGGAAAUAACAGGACAUGCAUCUGCUGAAUUAUCUGGAAAAAUUUCACGUUCAUUAUCAGUCAAUGGAAAAGUAUCUCUCGGAGGCGAAUGCCGUUGGAGGCGUGGUAGUUGCUACAAAACUGCUGAUACUGUUACUCUACGCAAAGGCUGGAAUAGCCCACACGCGCAACUGGAAGCUGGAGCAUCCGUCAAAGUUACAGUGAAACCCAAAAUCUCAGUGAAACUGCCAGCGUUUCCAAAAUCGCAAAAAAAGGCAGUCAAGAUAUUAGAUUUUAGUUUGUUCGACGAUUUAGUUGAAGCUGUUUUUGAGCGUGUAGACCUUUCCAUGGCGGUAUAUGUAAGCGUACCACUAGAAGCUGGUUUGUCCAUACGUCUUCCCGCGACACAAUGCAGUGGAAACAAACCUGCUGAAUUUGAAAGCUUCUACGGAAUUUCUGGCGUAAAUGUCGGUGUCUCGGUUGGAUUUCUCGAAAAACAUUUGACACUUGAGGUGCCUUUAGGAUAUUCUAAGAGGAAACGCCAUUCGAAUUGUAUAUGUCCAGUUCAAAGUGAGAAAAUAUGUUUGGGACCUCCCACAACGCGUCCUGGACCACCUGGAAAUGAGAAUCCAACAACUGAUCCUAAUCGGCGUCCAAGACCACCUGGAAAUGGGAAUCCGACGCCUCCUUUUAAUCCACGUCCAAGACCACCUGGAAUUGGUAAUCCGACACCUGCUCCCAAUCCGCGUCCAAGACCACCUGGAAAUAGGAAUCCGACGCCUGCGCCUAAUCCGCGUCCAGGACCACCUGGAACUGGGAAUCCGACGCCUGCUCCCAAUCCGCGUCCAAGACCAACUGGAAAUGGGAAUCCGACGCCUGUGCCUAGUUCGCGUCCGACACCAACUGAAAAUGGGAAUCUAACGCUUACUCCUACACCUACUCCGACAAAUAAGACAGGAAAUAAGCCACCACCAAGUGGCAAGACAGGAGAACUUCCAUGUGGAAAAGGACCUAUCUGUGCUGGGAAUCGAACGGGUCCUAACUGCACUAAGCCUGAUACACCGCUUCUUCAGAACUGCUCAGGUAACGGAAAUCCCAUCAUAGGCCCGAAGUGUGAGGCGCUGUGUAACUGUUCAGGAGGAUGGGAGGGUGAAUUUUGUGAACGAUUAAUUGCAAAUGGUGGAGGUGACCCACACCUGGAGACAUUAGAUGGUGUUAAUUUUGACUUUUUUGGAAUUGGAGAGUUCUGGGGUUGCAAGAGUGUUAAAAACGAUUUUGGUCUUCAAUUUCGUUUUUAUUACUACGAGCGAGCUUCGCUAAUUGGCGGAAUAGCACUCAAAGCUGGAAGAAGUGUUGUUACGAUUAUGACGAUCAAGACUGAAAAAGUUCAAGACCUGCCCAUAACAAGAAUCGAUGGAGCGGAAAUGAAUGCCACCAGUAAUUCCUCAGACCCUGUUGAAAUAAGUAAUGGUACCGUGCUAUUAGAUCGUCAAAGACGUUUUUCGUUUGAGGCUGAGGAAAACAGUGUCGUUUUGAUUUCACUUCAGUAUGAUGCAGGUGUCACAGUAACCAUCGACGUCCGUCACAGUCGGGUGAUGAAGAGACAGUAUUUGAAUAUUCUCUAUUCCCCAACUGCUGCUUACAAAGGUCACACUGAAGGACUCUGUGGCUUCAUGGAUAACAAUGCUACUAACGAUUUCAUCGGGUCGGACGGAACUCUUUACGAUGAUGCGAUUAAAUUUGCCGAAUCAUGGAGGAUCACGGAUUGUCACAGUGGCUCAGGCACAAGGGACUCUUGGUCAUGGAAUUCAUCAAACUUUUAUCACGAUGACGUAAUGGACAUAACGUACACAGAUCCCUCGUACAUCCCUACGUAUUUACUGGACGGGAUUUCCCAGUCUGUACUACAGAUUGCAACAAGCAUGUGCAAAUCCUUGAAAAUUUCUGAUAACAAGCUAAAAAGCUGCAUAUUCGAUGUCGCCAUUACCAAUGACACGACUUUUACUGAUCAGGAAACCUUUAAACGAGAUUGUCCAGACCAAUGCUCAGGCAAAGGGAGAUGUGUCAAUGGAACAUGUAAAUGUAUCGAAGGUUGGACAGGGAAGAGUUGUGACAAAGGCUCUUGUCUAAACUGUUCAACCAUCCAUGGCGAGUGUGUUAAAGGCUUUUGUGUCUGUGACCUGGGAUGGGAAGGACGAAGCUGUGAAGUGGAAGCCACUUGCUUUGGAGUUAACAACUGUACCAGCCCUGAACACGGCAGUUGUAAAACGAGGGAUGUUUGCCAGUGUACUCCUGGCUACAUAGGUGCUAACUGUAGUAUUGUUCCUACUUGUAACGAUGUAUCAAACUGUGCUGGCAAUGGAAUCUGUGUGGAUUUCAAUGUAUGCAAAUGUAAAAUGGGGUGGACUGGAAGCAAUUGUGCUCAAUACUCUUGCGAACAAUUGGAUUAUUGCUCUGUACAUGGUAGCUGCGUGGCCUUUGACAGAUGUGCCUGUGAUUAUGGCUGGACCGGAGUAAGCUGCGCCCUUCCUGACUGUGAGGCUGUCAAUCACUGUUCCAAAAAAGGAGAGUGCAUCUCCAGUGACAAGUGUCGCUGUUUUCCGGGAUUUGUCGGAGCGGAUUGUAGUCAGGUGGGGGACUGCAGUCAUCUUGCAAACUGCAGCGGCCACGGUGUUUGCAUUUCGACAGAGUUGCUAAAUGUGUCAUGCAGUUGCUACCUUGGUUUCACGGGAGAUAACUGCAGUCAGCCUACUUGCACAACCGUGAACAACUGUUCUGCCCAUGGCGUAUGCGUGGAAGCCGAGUUCUGCAAAUGUGACUUUGGAUACACUGGAGCUGACUGUAGUAACUUUUCUUGUGAGGCUGUCAACUACUGCUCCGGAAAUGGAAAAUGUGUUGGUUACGACCUCUGCCUCUGCAAUUCCUCCUGGUCAGGUCGAGCAUGCAGCGUUCCUGAUUGUAGUGCUGUAAAAAACUGUUCUGACCAAGGAAAUUGCAUCCUACCCAAUGUUUGCUCUUGUUAUCCAGCGUUUGACGGUGCAUAUUGCGAUCAGGAGGCAAAAUCAAACAUCAACGCGCCAAAAUUUAACCAAACAUUUUAUAGUGCUACCAUUGUAGAAAAUUCUCCAGUCGGAACAGUGAUUCUACAAGUAAAAGCCACUGAUAGAGAUUUAGGAAAAAACGGUCAAAUAUUUUAUCCCAUACUUGGUGAUGAUAACAUUGAAAGUAUCCUCACUGUUGGUGGACAGUCUGGAAAGGUUUACAGUGCACAGACGCUGGAUUUUGAGACAAAUGAAGUGAAAUCUUUCAACGUGACUAUGGUUGCAGCAGAUGACGGAUAUCCACAGAAAUCAGGAAUCACCACUGUACAGAUAACAUUACUGGAUGAAAAUGACAAUUGCCCAACCUACAUCGAGCCACCAGGAGAUCUAAAACUAGAACUCCCUGCAUUAAUUUCUGGAGAAACCGUGACCAAAGUUUUUGCAGUUGACCUGGACAGUGGAGUCAACAGCGACAUAACUUACAGCCUAUCCAAAAAUGAAGCAUUCUCUAUUCAUCCUAAAACUGGUGUGGUCACGGCAGUGUCCGACUUGAAGAACAAAGUUUAUCAUCUCACAGUUAGUGCCAGUGACAAUGGGGACAUUUCCUGCGUAACAGACAUCAAUUUAACAGUUAAAGUCGGCUUCUCCCCAACAACUAAUCCCUUAACCAGAUCUACCAAUUCCUUCACAAACAAGAAAUCUGAAGCCCCAUCAACCCACAAAGUCGGCUUCUCUCCAACAACAAAUCCCUUAACCAGAUCCACCAAUUCCUUCACAAACAAGAAAUCUGAAGCCUCAUCAACCCAUAGCCCGCCUAGGUUGCCUGAGACUACGUCGUUUACUAGGGCCACUACCUCGAAUGUACCAACGAGGGCAGAUGCGGUUCCUCAGGGAGGUUCAAUUUAUGUAGUCAUUGGUGGGUCUGCUGCUGGAGGAGUAGUGCUGCUAUUGAUCGUAGUACUGGUGAUCAGAAAAUGUCUCGGCAAAUCCAGGAUAUCGCCAGCAAAACACAUGACGGGGAGAUUGAAUGCUGGUAUGGAUUUCGAGCUGUCCAGGAGGAUGUGAGAACAUGUCAUAUCUGAGAAUAGGUUUAAAAAGGAAAGUUUGCCAAGCGAGAGAGUAAGAUCCUAAAAUUAUUUGUUGGUUAAUGCGUGAUAGCAUACUUUUGACCAUAUACUCAGUGGUCAGAAGAGAAGCUUUUUUUACAAGUUCAGUAACGGAGUUCAUAGUGUGAAUAACCAUAUCAGUCGGUAACAAGCGAACAAAAGCAUUGCACCACCAUUGUCAUUGUGACAUUACACCUCUUACUUAAACCAGUAUAUCGCGAAAUAUCAUACAAAAUUAUGAGCAGCGUUGGAUGCAGCAAUGGCAGUAGCAGUAGCAGCUCUAGUGGCAAUUGAAAAAGCAGUAUGUUGUAGCUAUGCCAGUAGAAAUAGCACUAGCAGGAGGCCAUUAACUAACUAUCAACUAACUUAACUAUGCGUCAUGAUAUCUCAGUAACAGAUGAUAACUGAUUACAUAUCUUUAGUUCCCCGUAUAUAUACGUAAAAAAAAGGUGGAUAAAAAAGGAAUUUGAGUGAUUAAAAAAUAAUAUUUCUACAAACAAAGAAUAGACAUAGCUGUAAUCUUCUAGCUGAUUUUGACUGUGACAUAAGUUUGAAUAAAAGCAUAGAUGGUUGUUCA